GCUGGUGAAGCGAGUGCGUCAUUUGCGGUCUGGCAGCGUCGCCUUCCCUUUCCCCCCCCAAGAAGUGCAACGCGUUGUCGUCUUCCCGCCUCCCGGCGUCGCGACCUUCUCCACCACUUCUCUCUCUCUCUCUCUCUCUCUCUUCCUCUUCCACCGACCACCACCUUGACCCGUCCACCACCCCCACCCCUUUCUCCAUCAGAAGGCUUCGCCUAUCCUCAUCUCCUUCUGAUCUUCGAUCUCCCCCCCCUUCUUUUUCCUUCCGACUCCCGAUUGCGCAUUAUGGCUGAGGAUACCCCUGCUGCCUCCGCGCCCGCCCCCGACGCCGCUGAGCCGGUCGUCGAGCGCGCUUCUUCCGAGACGAAGCCUGCCCCCGCGGAGUCUGCGCCUGAGCCCUCCAAGGAGAAGGAGGAGCAGCAGACCAAUGGUCCCGAGGACAAGCCGUCCGAGUCGGUGACUGCGGUUGAUGAAAAGAAAGAAUCCGCCGAAGAGUCGGCCGAGCAAUCCACCGCCCCGGCUGAGACUGCUGAUGCGAAGGAGCCCGAGGCGAGUGCGACCGCGCCUGCAGAGCCCGAGGCCGCCCCAAAAUCGGACGCCAACGGAACACCCGCGUCGGCCAAGAAGGCUGGCGCCGCGAAGCGCAAAUCCUCAGGAGCGGUCCCCGAACACAAAAACAAACUGAGCCGCAAGAAGUCACAGGUUCGUGUCACGCAGCUCGACGCACAGCCUGGCCAGUACUUCCUCGCGCGUCUCAGAAGCUUCCCCCCAUGGCCGUCCAUCAUCUGCGACGAGGAAAUGCUUCCUCAGACCUUGCUCAACACGCGUCCCGUGACCGCCCAGCGAUCCGACGGAACUUACAGGGAGGACUACGCGGAUGGCGGCAAACGCGCUCACGAGCGGACCUUCCCCGUCAUGUUUUUCGAGACCAACGAAUUCGCGUGGAUCACCAACACAGAUUUGACACCCAUCGAUGCUGAUGGAUGCAAGGAAGUAUCGGAGAAGGGUAAGUCGAAGACCCUCCAGGCUGCGUAUGGUGUGGGUGCCGAAGGCCAUGAUCUCGAGUACUUCAAGAGCCUUCUGGUGGACCACCAGCGCGCGCUGGAGCAGGAGACCGAGGAGAGGGAGGCCCAGGCAGCUGCCAAGGCGGCCGCCAAGGCCGAACGGGAGGCCAAGAAGAACAAGCGCAAGAGCAUGGAGGUCGUCGAGGACGAGGAUGUCGACAUGGAGGAUGCCGACGAGGAGGCCAAAAAGCCCAAGAGCUCCAAGAAGCGCAAGAAGGAUGCUGAUCUCGAGGCCCAGGCCGAUGAAAAGCCUGCAAAGACCCCCAAGACUGCCACCAAGUUGAAGCUCACGACGCCCAAGACUCCUACUAGCGAGGUCGGAAAGAAGACCCCUGCUUCUAGCCGGGCCAAGCAGACCGCCAGCAGCAAGAAGGCUGGCAAGGCUGCGGCCAGUGACGAGGGCGAGGAUUCUCGCGCCGAGUCCAAGGAGCCCGAGAAGAAGGUCAACCAAGAGGAGGCCAAGGACAAGAAGGAGAAAGAGAUUCUUUUUGUGCGUCACAAGCUCCAGAAGGGCUUUAUCUCCCGCGACCAGCCCCCUAAGGAGGAAGAAAUGACCACGAUGUCCAACUACUUCAGCAAGCUGGAAAAGCAUGCUGACCUGGAAGUUUCGAUCAUCCGCGCCACCAAGAUCAACAAGGUUCUGAAGAUGAUCGUGAAGCUUAGCUCCAUCCCUCGUGACGAGGAGUUCCAGUUCCGCCAGCGUGCCGUGACCAUUUUGUCCAAGUGGAAGACCUUGCUUGACGCGGACACCACUGGUCCAUCGGAGGACAAGGACAAGGACGAGAAGCCCAGAGCCAAUGGGGUCCACAAGGAGAGCAGCGUCGAGACGCCAGCCAAGGCCGACACUGAGAAUGAGAAGGAGGACGAGACCAAGGAGAGCAAGGCAGACACCGCGGAACCUCAGGACGAGUCCAUGGCCGAUGCGGAUGCGUCGGAAAAGCCGCAAGAGCCCGAGGCAGUGAAGGAAGAUUCCGAGAAGGCUGCUCCCAAGUCCGAAGAGGCGGCACUGGAGAAGACGGCGGAGAAGCCAACCGAGGAGAAGGCGAACGAGAAACCCGCCACCGAGAAAUCCGAGGAGAAGGCUACGGAGGCGGCGGCUUAAGAAUGAUGGAUCUCGUUUACCGUUGCUAUUUACCCACAUUGACUGUGGCGUUCGGUUUGGCUUGUGCACCUUCCUUUGCGUUAGUUCUUGGGUCUGUGUUGUGGCUUCUCCCUGCAUUGCCCUGCUUUCCUUUACUCUAUCUGUUCCUUUCAUUCUUGGACUCAAUCCUGAAAGCUGGAAAAUCGAACUUCAUGAAAAAAAAAAAAAAACAGCUGUUGAACGUACAAUCUCCUUUCGAACGUUC